GUUUACAAGCAGCGGCUGUCAGCGUGUAAAUCAGAUGGCGAUCACAGUUGUUAUUGAGGCAGACAGGAAAGUCUCCGUGUCAUGCGUAAGGCCAAGAUGAAGACAGUCGAUGAAGAGUGUCAAUCACCAGAAAUUGUGCAGGGAGCUGAUGAGAAAAACAUAGAAGAUAAGAAUGUUGCUGAUAAAACAAACUUGGUCGCUCAAGAGUCAGUUCCCCCUAUUCAGGCUGCGGUUCAUCAUUUCCAACCCAGCUACAGCGCUCAGAGUGGAGGCAGUGUGGUCGCUCCCACCAUUAUUGGUUGUAGAAUUGGUGGUAAUGUCAACAUCAUCGUCUCAGGUCAAGGGUCAGUUGCUUCCUCAGAAGAAAUAGUGGACACUACAGACUGCUGUGACGCUCUGCAGCCCCAAAAUGAUAAGAUUGCGGAAUGUCAAGUGAAACUGAAAGCCACUCUGAAAAGGAACUUCAGCCACUUGCCCGAAGGGAUGACAACUGAAUCAAACAGGAUACCUCUCGAUAAGAUCUACACAGAGCUCUACAUCACCAAGGGAGGAAGUGGUGAAGUCAACAAGGAGCAUGAGGUGAGACUGAUUGAGACGACAUCCAGGACACAUGAGGCCCAAGAGAAAUCAGUCCACUGCAAUCAACUCUUUGUUCCACAACAAGGCAGAGAACAUCCCGUAAGAACUGUGAUCACAAGGGGAGUCGCUGGCAUUGGAAAAACCGUAUUGGUCAAUAAAUUCACUCUGGACUGGGCUGAGGAGAUAACAAACACAAACCUGGAAUUUGUAUUCCCUCUCUCUUUCCGAGAGUUGAAUCUGAUGAGAAAGAGAAUCUUAAGUCUGGUGGAUCUUCUCAGCACCCUUUUCCCUGAAACAAAAGAUUCAGGUAUCUUUAUUAAUGAUAAAAAGAUGCUCUUCAUCCUGGAUGGUCUGGACGAGAGCCGCUUGUCUUUGGACUUCCAAAAAAACGAAAUAAUGUCCGAUGUGACGCAGCCCACCACGAUUGCGGUGCUUCUGACCAACCUCAUCAGGGGAAGACUGCUUCCUUUUGCUCAUGUUUGGGUAACAUCUCGUCCAGUAGCCUCCAGUCAGAUCCCUCAAGAGCACAUUAAUCUGGUGACAGAGGUACGAGGGUUCAACAACCCCCAGAAAGAUGAGUACUUCAGGAGGAAAAUCAGCGACGAGCGCUUAGCAAACAGGGUGAUCGCACACGUGAAAUCCUGCAGGAGUCUUCACAUCAUGUGCCACAUACCAGUCUUCUGCUGGAUGGCGGCAAGUGUUCUUGAGAGGAAGUUACAGACAACGGACAGUAAAGACACACCAAAGACCCUCACGCAGAUGUACAUACAGUUUGUGACCUUGUACGUGGAGAACAUGAAGAAGAGGCUGCCUGGAAGAAGAGAGUCAAACGCUGAGUGCAUAAGAGAUAACCUCAUCUCGUUGGGUAAACUGGCCUUCAAAGAGCUCGAGAAGGGCCACUUGAUCUUCUAUGAGCGCGACCUCAUCCUGAAUGGUUUAAAAGUCACACAGGCGUCCAUGUUCUCAGGAGUCUACACGCAGAUCUUCAAUGAAGAGCGGAUACUGUGCGAGGAGAAGAUGUUCUCCUUUGUGCAUCUAAGCGUCCAGGAAUUCUUUGCUGCGUUGUACGUCUACCUCACAUUCCACAACAACAAUGACAACGUCCUGGUCAAGAAGUCCUCUGUUUCGAGACGUUUCCUGUCAAGAGAUCCAUCAGAGCUCAUCCUCUACAAGGAAGCGGUAGAAAAGGCUUUGCGGUGUGAAAAUGGACACUUUGACAUCUUUCUGCGCUUCCUUUUGGGUCUGUCUCUGGAAUCCAAUCAAACUCUUUUGAAACAUCUCAUGACCAGCAACAGAACAAACCAAAGAACAAGAACAGAGAUCAUUAAACACAUAAAGGAGAAGAUCAGGGCAAGUCCGUUCCCAGACAGAUGCCUCAAUCUCUUUCACUGUCUGAAUGAGCUGAACGACCACUCUCUUGUGGAGGAGAUUCAGAGCUACCUCUGCUCGGGCAGUCUUAACAAAGCCAAACUUUCACCUGCCCAGUGGGCCUCUCUGGUGUUUGUGUUACUGACAUCAGAAGAAGAGAUAAGUAUGUUUGAACUGAGCAACUACACCAGGACAGAGGAAGGUCUUCGGAGGCUGCUGCCUGUCGUGAAAACAGCCCGAGUAGCAAAUCUAAAUGCGUGUAAUCUCACUGUGAACUGCUGUGAAAUCCUGGCCAAUUGCAUCAACUCAUCCCAGGUCAGAGAGCUGGACCUGGGUAACAACAACCUGACAGAUGCAGGAAUAAAAUUGCUCUCUGGUGGACUGAAGAACAGCAAACUGGAGACACUCAGACUGAAGAGCUGCAGCCUGACAGAGCUCAGCUCCGAUGACCUGGCCUCGCUUAUCAGCUCAGCCUCCUCCGAGCUGAAAGUCCUGGACCUCUCCGACAAUGACUUUCUGGACACAGGAGUCCAAAAGCUCUCUAGUGGACUGGGGAGCCCUCACUGCAAACUGGAUAUACUCAUUUUGUCCCUGUGCAGAGUGACAGAGGAAGGCUGCACUUUCCUAGCAUCUGCUUUGAACUCAUCCCGUCUGAGAGAGCUUGACCUGAGCUACAACCACCCGGGACAUUCAGGCCUGCAGCUGCUGUCUGCUCUGCAGGAAGACCCACAAUGCAGCCUGCAGAAACUCAGUGUGGAACAGUGUGGUGAAUCCAGGAUCCAGCCAGGUCCAAAGAAAUACACCAGCAAACUCACUCUGGACCCAAACACAGCACACAGGGACCUUUCUCUGUCUGAGGGAAACAGGAAAGCAACGCGCUGGACCGAGCAGUCCUACCCUGAUCACCCGGACAGGUUUGAUUUCUGGAGACAGGUGUUGUGCAGGGAGGGACUGACUGGGCGCUACUACUGGGAGACCGAAUGGAACGGGAGAGUUUUCAUAGGAGUCGCCUACAGAAGGAUGUGCAGAAAGGGAGAGGGUCACGAUAGCUGGUUGGGCCAGAAUGACUCUUCCUGGGGGCUCAACUGCACCAAAGAUGGCUACAAUAGCUGGCACAAAGGCGUGAACACUGCUUUGAAGAUUGCACCAAACUCCUAUAAAGUAGGAGUCUACCUGGACUGGACAGCUGGUAGACUGUCCUUCUACAGGGUCUCCUGUGGCACACUGACCCUCCUUUACACCUUCCAAACCACCUUCACCGAGCCUGUGUACCCAGGGUUUCAGCUUGGCUGGGUGGACUCCACAGUGUACUUGUGCUAAACAUUACCUGGACAUUGUGACACGAAGGACAUGUAGCAUUUGUAGUAUUUUCUUUUCUUCUGCUCUGGGGUUAUUUCCUGGGGUUAUUUGCCCAAGUUUGAGAUGUCGGAUUUUCAGAUUUUUGCCUCACCCUGUACUGGAUUUUUGAGGCCGACACAUGUAAGAGUUCCCUUAAAUUAGUUUGAAGCCACGCCAUGGCAAUGUCCAAGUCUUUGACGAUUAGACACCUUUGAGGUGGUAAGACUUAAGGAGGGUGACGAAUCCAUAGUCAAAUUUGCUGUUGCCCUCUUUGGGAGAGGUAAGCAACAUUGCUCUAGUGGUCAUUUCCGUGUUUUGGCGCUGUUAAGUUGUUUAUAAGUUCAUUUUAUGUUGACGUAAACCUGUGUUACUUAUUUUGUGUAGGGGUUUGAGUUCAUAUGGUUGUGUCUGAUGGAGGAUUUUGUUUUUACCGCUUGCUGUCAGGAAUAAAAGGAGAUCGCCUCCAAAGAUACCCAUGGUCUGGGCCUCUUUGUAUCAACACAACGCAGACAUCACUAGAGUCCACGGGUUACAAAUGUUUCUAUGUUUUCUGUAUAUUAGACAUGCAUUAACGCAUCAAAUUUCAUAACGUCACUUCACAUUACCUGUUAACACGCUCUGCAGUCUUUUCCCAUGCCACCUCACGCUGAUCCAUCCAUGGAUCUGCGGUUUAGUGGUCCAUCUACGUCCCAACCCUCACCUAUGGUCAUGAGCUCUGGGUAGUGACCAAAAGAAUGACAUCGUGGAUGCAAGCGGCCGAAAUGAGUUUCCUCCGUGGGGUGGCUGGGCUCAGCCUUAGAGAUAGGGUAAGGAACUUGGACAUCUGGAGGGAGCUCGGAGUAGAGCCGCUGCUCCUUCGUGUCAAAAGGGGUCCGUUUGAGGGGGUUUGGGCAUCUGAUCAGGAUCCUCCAGGAUCCAGAACAUGCAUGCUGGAGGGAUUACAUAUCUCAUCCGGCCGGGGAACACCUUGGGGUCCCCCAGGAGGGGCUGUAAAGAGUUGCUGUGGAGAGGGACAUCUGGGGUGCUUUGCUUGGCCUGCUGCCCCCGGGAUCCGGCUUCAGAUAAGCAGAUGAAAAUGGAUGGAUGGAUCGAUGGACCUCACGCUGUUUAGCUACAGCUGGCGUAUUAAAUUUCUUUCUUUUUUUUUGAAAACAAGUUCAAAGUCCACAUACGUGGUCAUAAAAAUCUCCUGUUCAGUUUCUUUCUGCCACUGACAAUCACGUCAUCUGUGUUCCACUGAUGACGACUUUACGUGCUCGCCGUGAACGCACUUCCCUCAGGCUGAACAUGCUCAGAACUGAUAGAGCUAAUUCUGAUCAGCUGCUCUGGACCUGAAAACUCAGAGUUUCACCAAAACUUAGGCUCAGUCAACUCGGUGAUCGGGAUUAGGCUCAGAGAUUAAUGUGCCUGCUUUCUGAAACAGGGCCCUGUAGUCUCAUUUAGCCACUUGUGAGCAACCGUAGAAGAAAAUGUGAAGUAUCUGAAGCCUCUGUUGACCACAGACCUUAUUUUAGACAUCUUAAGAAAAAAAAAAAAAAGAACUCACUGACUUCAAGAUGAGGGAAGCGCAAGUGCCAACAUGCUAACUGAUCUCUGGGUUUUAGGACUCAUUCAUGCAGCACUCUAUAAAAACAGUGGAAGCAGAAAUUGAGAACAUGUUCUUAUGAAACCAAAUCUAUCUGCAUGAGUAGAUACUGAGAGGAAGUGAAAACAUGUAGUGAAAUAUGGGGAAAUUUAUCAAACCAUCAGUCACUGGAAUAGCUUUCCCUCUUUACAUAUUUCAACCCUACAGUAAGUUUUACACUUACACUUAGAGUUUUACACUGCCUAUUCCACCCUGUGAUGACUGCAACCUUAUUUCUAAACUCAAUGUUAAAUAAUUUUAAAUAAUUUUUUUUUCGGGGGCGUGACCAAAGUCUACAAUGGUAAAAAUAUGGGUCCCUCAAGAAAAAAGUUGGGACCCACUGAUCCAGACCACUGGUUCCCAAUAGGUCCAGAUUUCUCCUUAGUCAUCAGUUUAAAGUCCACACAGUUUAGCACAUUAUGUGUCACAUGUGCGUUCCGCCAUGUCUUUGAGCAGAAAACGGCACUUCAAAAUAAAAGCUCUGUGCUAGAAAAAAGUUCUUUUAACAAACCCGACACCUUUACAAGUCACUUGGGGCUAGUGAUGUUAUGCUCAAGCCAGUUUGCUUGACACAGUGCCGAUCUUUUGAAGCGCAAGUGUUCGGAAACAGUGUUUCAAUCCCUGCUUCGGUGCGGUUACAUGAUGGCUUCUCAUUCGGAAUUAAAUAAAACUGAAAGAAAUCAUUCAGAAUUAAAGUUUUUCCAGGUAGUUUACAUGGGAAAUAUUCAUUCCGAAUGAGGGUUUACACAGGAGAUCAGUUUAAUCGCCUUUAUUCGGGUCCGCGCAAGGUUUGGGGCAGGGAAAGUUUCUGAUUGGAUAGGGGGCGGGGCGGAUGUUACGUGUUUACGUUUACCGCAAGAACACUGUAGUCCUCGUUCCGGAUAACAAGAUGCUUGACGACGCCGUUCUUAGUGCCUUUUUCUGGCUUGUUUUGCUUAUAUUCUUGAAGCAGCAGUACGACAACAACCUUGUUCUGCUAAUGCUUCGUCUGUUGAGGAGGAGAAGAAAGGUAGAAGGUCGAAGAAGGGAGAUAGAAGACCGCGAAUGGAAACUGUUGAGUGCAACGAGUCCGACUGCUCUACACGUUGCUAUGCACGCUAUAUACGUGAUCGCAUACGUCAGGGCAAGGAAACGAGCAUGUGCAGAAAGACCGGAAUGAACUUAAAGAGGAAUGAGUGUAUACAAGUGCGAGAAAUUCUUUCAUUCAGAAUUAGAAACGGAAUAUUCCAGCCCCUUACAUCGGAUUGAAUAUUCAAUCGCAUUGGCCAUUUUCAUUCUGAAUUAGGUGUUUACAAGAUCACUUUUAAUAGGAAUGAACUUUAAUUCCAAAUGAAAAGGGAAUUAAACUGUCCAUGUAAACACACUCAUUGACACGUGGCUACAGAGAGCGAGGCCUUGGUACAGGCAGUCUUGAGGCUUUUUCAGGUCUUCCACUUAGAUGCAGUUCUGACACACAGCCAGCAGAUGUCACUCUCCUGAUUGUAUGAAAUGCUUCGAAGCAGAGUGUCAUUCUUGAAGCAGUUGCGUCAAAGUGGUUCAUGAGGCUUCAAUUUCACCAGCACUAGUUGGGGUCAAUUAAAAAUGGACGCACGACCCACCAGUAAGGAUCUACUGAUCUAGACGCCACCUGUACAGCCAUAUUAAGAGAAUGUAUUCUGCUGAAAUGUAAAACGUGUGUACACAUGAUUUGUAAUAAAGCU